CUCGACACCUUUCUGACUAUUAGUUUCGAUUCGAAUUCUGAUCAAAACACAUUCCUGAAGACAAGGUGAUCCAGAGAUUCUCUUAAAUAUAUUAAAGAAUACCAGAAUUUUAGAAAUCUUCCAUCUACGUACAUCAAAAGAACGAUUAUGGCCUAAAAGAAUUUGAACAUCACCAUGGAUGACAGUGGUUCUAGUACAGGAGAGAAAGUCAAUUUUCAUUGCGUUGUCAAGUAUUUUAUUUUCACCAUAAAUGUUUUGGUCUGGGUUGUAUCCAUUGUGUUCAUUGGUGCUGGUUCAUGGGCACAUAGUGAAAAAGACAAGUACAACACACUAAACAGUCUUUCUUUUGACCCUUCUGUCUUGCUGAUCGUCACUGGAGUCUUCUUGUUCAUCAUUGCUUUUUGCGGUUGCAUUGGUGCCUUAAGAGAGAACAAGAUUCUUCUAAAAAUAUAUAUGGUUGUUCUGAUCAUUCUUUUUACUCUUGAAAUCAUCACUGGAUUUUUGGCAUUCUUUUUUGUUGAACAGACAAGAGCUAAAGUUGCCACAACAGUCAAGCACUUUGUGAUUCAUUAUCGAGAUGAUCCAGAUUUACAAAAUGCAAUCGAUGGAAUACAGAGUGGUCUCAAGUGCUGCGGAGGAUACUCUUACCAUGACUGGGACCACAAUGAAUACUUCAACUGCUCUGCGAUAAAUUCAAUGGAAGCUUGUGGUGUUCCAUUCUCUUGCUGUAUCACGGACAAGAUCAAUACACAAUGCGGAUUUGGUGUUCGAAGACAAAAAACAGAAUCAGAGGCCAGCAGUGUUAUCUACAUCACAGGAUGUGUGGACAGUCUGUCUAACUGGAUGAUUAAUAACUUGCACGUCAUUGGUGGAGUUGCAUUUGGUUUUGCUUUGAUACAACUGCUUGGAAUCCUAGGAGCAAGUAAUUUGAUCAAGGAUAUUGAUAAAAUCAUCGCUACAAACAACAAGCUUUACUCAGAUGCUCAUUACGCCUAUUAAAUAGCCAACUUAUGAAAUAAGCUCCUGUUGAGACACAAAGGUUUCAAUGCAAGGCUUCGUGGAUAAUGCUCAGUGAUUCAUGAAAGGAGAAAAGAAUACAUUUGUAUAUAAGCCUUAUAUGGAAACCUUUGUGACAAGCAAAGCAUAACUCAGAAGUGGACUAUUGCAUGGGCACUUGUGCAUAAUGCUUGGAUUUUUUCUUAUUUGCUGUUUUUUUCGUUAGUGCAUGGUUUAUUUAUUUUCAACAAUAAUUAAUUAGAGACCUCUUUACCCAUUUCAGACCAUGUGUCAUUCCCUAGAGUUUCAUUUCUUUGUUUAACUGUUGUGCAUGAAAAGACACAUGAAUAUGGAUACAGCUCAAACAAACAAUCCUAUUCUCAAGAGAGUGACACAUGGCCGGAAAUGGGCAAACAUCAUAGCUAGAGGUUUAUUGAUGCAAUAGACUAUUUCGACGAUACAGUACACAGUAAUGACAUCAAUUGAUAUUCAACACAAGACAAUACAAUAAAAGAUAAAUUAAGAUGGCAUCUCGAUCACCUUUACGCAUAAAUGAAAGACAAACACACAAUCUCUAUGUAUUAUCCAACAUGUGUUUUGUUUUGCCCCAUGGCAAAAUGGCCGCCGUAUCCACAAAGCAGACCAUUGGAAAUGCUAAUACUCCAUUUUACAGUUCCGUUCAGUGACCACGAAUAAUAGUUCCUAGCCUCGGCUGGAGUUACUGCGCAUGAUAAACUGUAAUUUUGCUAUGCGCAGAAACUCCAGCCUCGGCUAGGAACUAUUAUUCGUGGUCACUGAACACAACUGUAAAAUGGAGUAUUGAUGUCUCCAAUACAACAGGUAGCCCAACUCACAUUUGGACCAGAAAAUAUUUUGUAAAUAUACAAUGGGAUAUUAAAUAAACAAAACAAAUUCAA